AUGCCACCGCAACGACGUCAGUCUCUGGCACCGACAACAUCCACUAAUACGUCCCGCCAGGUGCUGGGUAGGAAGAGGGCACAGAGCAUGGAACCUAGCGGGGCAAACCAACAACUCGUUCCACGGAAAAGCAUACUCAAGUCUACACCAUUCACAUUUGGCGCAAGCGUCGGCCCUUCCGACCAACAAGAGAACGAGCCACCAGUGCAAAAUGCUCAAAGCCAGAUAGCAGGACAGGACGGACAGGCAGAUGGGAUUGACUACGCAGCUGAAAUUUCUGACAAUACUACUCGCAAGAGUUUAGGACGUCGCGUCAGUUUCGCACCACUAGCCAGCUUUCGAAUAUUUGAGUCAAAUGACAAUACCAAUAGCUCGGGUGUACCAAGCUCGUCACCAACACCCGCUUCUCCACCAGAAUCCGAAGCAUCACCCUCCCCUAUUCGUCCCCUACCACCUAUCCAGCUCAGCAAUGAGAAUGACUACCCAGGCCGGCGGAGUAACACUGGGCCUAUUAGGCGUGUCUCCACCGCCACGGAAUAUGGCGAGAGGUCCAUGUCAUUGGAUAUGGACCAAGAUAGCGACGAUAUCUCGGAACCACCCACCGAUCCUGUCUUUUUCCAAGAAGCUGCUAAUGCAGGUUCGGACUACGAGCCUCCUCCAACAGACGAAGACUUUCAUGACGGUACAGAUAAUGACGACGGCGAGGAUGACGAGGACGAUGAGGACAUGGAAAUUACAGAGGCGAUUGCAUUGAACAUUGAUCGUAAACGCUCGCUCUCAGUAGCGCAACAGCACGAGAUGGCCAGACGCUCAUCCCUUUCAUCGCUUGCCUCCCGGAGACGUUCAUCAAUAAAGCCCCCACCUGCCACAGAAAACAAAACAACCGAAGAUGGAGGAGACGAGGAUGACAAGAACGAAGAAGAUUUGACUACGAAUACCCAGGCCACGCAGGAAAGUGAGGCACCGAUGGAGUUCACUAUUGCAGUUGGCGAGCCCUUGAAAAAGCCCAAGCCGCCAAGCAAAUCAUGGCUAGCUCUCUUAGCCAUGCAAGGUGGAAGCUCAAAUGACGAUAAUGAGGAAGCAGCAGCAGAUGAUUUCGAUGAUGAGAUUGAGCUCUCUAGCGCUCUCUCAAGGCUUCAGACUGCACGCUCAUCACUUGAUAUCAAUGACCAAGACCAGGAUGCGGAUGGCUUGGGUGCUGAGAACGGCUUCGCUACUGACGACAGUUUUACGGCAACCGAGUCGAGCAUGGAAGAAUCUCUAGAUGUCGGGGAUCAGACACUUAACGUCACAAGCCUCAUGGGUAGAGUCUCGAACAUUGAACUCUCGGCCGACUCUGGAAGGGAUAGUGGAACUAUGGAAGAUGAGGACUUUGCACGACCUAUCCGAACAGAGACUACUGCGCCGCUUAAUAUCCAGAGGAAAGAAAAUGCGCCCGUUCAGGCAGCGCCAUCAAAUGCGUUUCCUAGUAGUGUGUUCUCUACUGCCCCAGCUCCCUCUGUGCCAGCGGGCUCUGAGAACGAGAGGCCGGCUGCGCAAAGAUCCCCAUCCCCAGGAGCAAGGAAUGCACCCGAUCCAUCCCGUCCACCCUUGCAAUCCAAAUCAGUGUUCUCUUCUUCUGUAUUCUCCGCACCCUCUACAACGCCGUCGAGAAUUCCUCGUCCUUUGUCUCCUUCAAAAACCCGGGUGUUCGAAGUUGUAUCUCCUACGAAAAAGCGUCCGGCGCCUGCACACGAUACAGCUACCGAUGCACCACAGCCUAGUCCUGCGAAGAAACGACUUCUUGAGAAUUCGACUAUUGUGAAUCAGCCGUCCCGGAAUCCGUCCCCGGCUCCCGCCCAACCAGAGCCUGCAGAGCGCACCGAACCCGCAGUACCCUUGGCUGCUCCGUUACCUACCCGUCCCGUGCCUAGAGAAAGUCUGGGAGGCAUUCGACGUCCACCAGACUACUUUGCACAACGACUUAGCCUUACGCCUGGUGUCGCAAACGUCUCUAGAUUGCCUUCCCCCUCACAUAGCGGCCGGCCAAAUGUAUCAGGAUCGAAGGAUCCACGGUUCAAUGCAUCUGCACCAGCGCCUGCACAUGUCCCUAAUGAAAAUGCGCCUACGACCAACAGUACCAUCCCUACCUCUACCCCAUUAUUGUCUCCUCCGACUGUCAUCGUCACGCCUGACGAUGCAGGAGAGAAAGAUGCCGAGCCUGAUGCAAUGAAUGUGGACAGCGGCAAGCAGGAAAUGACCGUGCAACGGAGAUCGCUGGUUUCCUCUGAUACUCAACAAUUUGCAGAAGAGUUCGAUGAUGUCCCUUCGAUAUCCAUUAAAGAAUUCUUCUUGAUGACUGGGGUGAAGUUCCACGAAUAUACUAUUCCCCGCCGGUCUACGAUACAUCCGUCCCAACUACAAGGCGCUCGCCGAGACUCGACCAUUCCGCCGUCAAUGUCCGACUACCUCACAGCAAUGAUAGUGCAUGUUCCACAGCUCGAGUUGUAUCGGUUAGUUACGAAGGAUCUUCAAGCAUUCAUCGACAACAGCGAGAAGAUCUACCGCGAGGCAGAGGAUGAAGUAGGGAAGCUGACACCCGUACUUUUCCGGGAGUUUGCGCAAGCAAACGAAGAAGGCCGGGAAGAACUUCUGCAUCAACUUAAGCUUAUCAAGGCGAACAGGCUAAUUGCUGCAAAAGAUAGAUGGUAUGAUGUCAGGAGUCGCUGGAUCCAGGGUCUGCAGGAGAACGUUGAUCGUGGAUUCUCCGAGCUCGAGAAGGACCGAGAUGCUCUAGAGAGCAUAAUCAGCCAAGCACAGGUUCUACUGCCUGCUUUGCGACAACAGCAUGCACAGGCACAAGCUCAGCUCGAAAGGGAGCGCACUGAUAUUGAAGAAGUCGAGAAUAGUGAUCCGAACUAUCUUGAAGAGCUUAAGAUCGCCAUUGAGGAACAAAACCAAUUGCUUGAAGUAUACAAAACGGAUGUCACUGAAGGAAGUGCAAAGAUAGAGCGACUUGAGGGUAAACUCGAGGAGCUCGAGGCACAGAGACUUGAGAAUGUCCAGGCAAUCGAGGCGGCAGAACGACGAAUAUCGUAUAACAAGUCCAGUACACGCGCAGAAGUGUUCCGCCUCAAAGACGAGCUUGAAUGCUUGCAAGUCCUUCAUUCAUGGCGCGUAUCAAGGGCGUCAGAGUCGUUGGUCGAACUGAUGUUCACCGAUCUGUACCUUGUUUCAAUUCCGUGCACAAAAUUCCGGCCCGCCAUUCCAAGAAUAACCGUCUCCCGCGUUGAUCGAAGCGAAGAGCUUAAAUACGCUAAGAAGAGGCCAGAUCCGUUCCCGCUUCUCAGCGAUCUCGCAGUUAGUCAGGGCGAAGCGUUCGCGCGGAGUUUAUCGACUAAGUCCAUUAAAAAGAUCGUCGAAGCUAUGAGCGACUUCUGGACGUCCUGCAUGCAAAUUCGGACGCAACUUACGUUCCUAGGGAUCAAGUACCCACUCACGCUCGAACCUCUUGCACCGCAGGACGACGAUGGAACGCCCAUAGGGCUUAAAGCCGUUGCGUCGAUUCUGAUACAUAAGCACAAGACGAAGCUACUCGUAGGGUUUAUGUUUAAUCCGGAGGUGCUUUCGAGCUGGCCGUUCUCGAUUCGAAAACUUCAAGUUGAGGUGAAGACAGCUUAUGGAAAGAUUAACUCGGAAGACAUGCGCAGUGCCGUCCUACAACGACUGUCCGAAGCAUCUAUCGAGAACAACCACGCGUGUCUCCUUGAUUCUUGUGUUGAAGCAGCACAACGCUUCGAAUAA